UUAGUCAAACAUGGAAGUCGACCCACAUAGUCAGGAUGUCCAUCCCCUUGGUGAGAUUGUUUCUCAAUCACAGCCCUUAGUUGGACAAGUCCCUAAUCCGAGUGGAGGAUAUUCUUACCAAAUCUCAGAUCUGGAAAGUCUGCUUCGAUUCCUAUGUUUAGGAGUCAACGAUAGGGUUUACAGGGCAAAUACACAACAUACAGAAUUCGGUCGGGCCAACGUAAGCUUCAUUGACAGGCUCAUACAGGAUGGUAGAGGAUCGGAGGUAAUCGGAUGCAUUCGGGAUGUAAGCAUCCAAGGAAGAGCAUGUAAGCAUGACACCACACUGUACGCAUUAGCCAUAUGCGCAAGAAGUAAUGAUUUACAAACUAAAAGAUCUGCUUAUGCAAUAUUAAACGACGUCUGCCGCAUUCCUACACAUCUAUUUCAGUUUGUAAAAUAUUGCGAAGAAUUGUUUGAACACAACAGUGGAUGGGGCAGGGCUCACCGCAUGGGAAUCAGUAACUGGUAUAAUAGUUUCCAGUCUAAAGAUCCACAGGACCACAAAAGUGCAAAGAAAUUGGCCUAUCUUGUGACGAAGUACAAACGCCGUCACGGUUGGACCCACCGUGAUGCGGUUCGUCUGGCUCACGUUCAUCCCAGAACUACGGAUAUCAGACUUAUCAUAGAAUAUAUAUUUGGCGAAAGUAUAACUGUAAACAUUACUCCAAAUCAUGCAAGUAUUGGUGAAUUUUUGGACGCGGCCAGGAGAGCAAAACGAUGUAACGAUGUUGAAGAAAUUCGCAGUCUAAUAGCAAAAUACCAUUUAUCGAGGGAACACAUACCUACUCGAUUCUUAAAUAACAUUUCCGUUUGGGAGGUACUCCUUAGAGCUAUGCCUUUUACCGCAAUGCUCCGUAAUCUAGGUAAAAUAACUAGUUUAGGAAUGCUGAAUCCAAACUCAAAUACAUCUUCAGACUUGUGGAUUACAAUUAUACUUCAAAGACUUGGUCAGUUGAACAGUGAUGGACUGAACUGUCAAAAGAUCCACCCCUUAACAAUUCUUAUUGCACUGAAACAUUACGAAAAAGGGCAAGGACAAACGAGGAGGUUAGUGUGGACACCAAACACACAGAUUGUUAAUGCACUGAAAGAGGCUUUCGAUCAGCUUACCAAAAUAUGUCCACCGGAAGGACAAUCAUACUUAAUGGCCGUUUCCGUUGGUGAAAGUAUGCAGAAAAAUAUUUGCGGGUCGUCCAUAAAAGCGUGCGAAGCAGCUGCGGCCAUGGUUCUUUCAACCAUAAACACGGCAGAGGUAGAAGUCAUUAUCUUUGCUAAUUCAAUAGAAGAUGCAUGUAUCAGUAGUAUAGCCAGGGGCGAUACUCUAGAUUCUAUUUCAGCUAAGAUUCAACAGGUCAAACAGCAAUGUCAACAAUUGUCAGGUAGAGUCAGCGAAGACUUGGCUGUUCCAUUUAAAUGGGCAGCUAUCAGAAAAACACGAUUUGAUGUUAUUGUUGUUCUCACAGACUCUUUAACCAGCUGUGGAUAUAUGCAUCCAGCGGAAAUGCUAAAACAAUACAUUAGAUACGUGGCUAUUGAUGAGUACCGUCUUAUUGUUGUUGGUAUGACCGACAACGAAUAUACCAUAGCCAGUCCUAUGGAUAUGAAUGCGCUCGAUGUAGUCGGCUUUGAUCUUCACACUCCAAGUGUAAUUAAAAACUUUGUGAAUGACUUUCGAAGUGAUCCUUCCAUGCAGACUGAUAAUCCAUAUGUUGACUUGGAAGAAAUGGAAAAUGUCACUUUAUAUUAAAACCACUGUUUUGUUAUAGACAUUAAUGUUCAUUUUAGAAAUCAAGUUGAACAAUAGUUAUUUAAAAAAAAGUUUUUAUAUGUAUUAGGACCGAGUCAUAGUAUUGAAUAGAUUGAUUUGAUGGCAGUACACACAGAAAACAUAUUUAGAACCUGAUGAUUUUUUAAAAAUCUAUUUACAGAUUUUUCGAAUACAUCAAAUUCCUGGUGUGAUUUUCUGAACAGUAUUUAAUUAAAGAAAUAAGUUGUGACAUAGAUUUAAGAAAUUGUGGGUACACAUCAUUGAGACAUCCAUAAAAUGUCACUAUAAGCACAAAAAAAGAAGGAUAUACCUCAACUGAUUCAUAUAGAAUUUCGUGUAAAUUGAAUUUUGCUGAAUACCUUCGGGAAAUACUACAGAUUUAAGCACCAUCACAUAUUUUGUUGCAAUAAUUAUCAUUUCUUAUAUUUAAUAAAAAAUCUUCGCAUUG